AUGAGUUGGGAUUCCAACUACGAUAACGACUUGAGACCGGAGGAGGGUUUUGUCCGGGUGGACGGGACGGAGAUCUGGCGGAAGGCCCGUCUUAGCAAAAACGUUCACGACCCAGACGCCCUGUACCAUUGCGGCGCGGGAGGCUGGGCGUUUGCCCGGCUAGAAGAUUUGAGCCCAGAGUUUCCGUACCACGGCCGGUUUGACGCGCCGGGGUUCGACGAGGGAAGGCCCUGGGCCUCCUGCUACAUCGACGUCGACCACACGAUGGCACACGGACGACCAGACCUUCUGAUCGAGGUCGGUGCCACGAUCGACCAGGAGGCAAUUGAUGAGUCUUUCGCAUUCAGCAAUUUCGAACUCUUUCAAGGAGAUAGCAUCUCAACAUCUCCGGGGGAGCUGCUGUUCUGCGAUAACGAAAAAGUAGUAGUAGAUGCAGCGACUCAUACUCUUCCCGGUGGAACCACGACUGCGGCCACAGGUGGAGGACAAAGUGCGACAAAUCAAAAUCUUCAGAAGGAAAUAAACACCGACCAAACGACCAACACCGCCUCGCUCUUUGCCUCCCCCGCGGCCGCCCAAGCCGCCUACGCUAGCUGCACCAGCCGCGUCUUUACGCCGCUAUGGCACUACUCUCUUGGAGAGGAAGGAAAAUCGCUGCUCCGUUGGCAGCCCUGCGAAUCGUUUACGGAGGAGGGGGAAAAGCUGUGCUCCGUCGGGGCGCAGGGGCAGUUCGAGAGGUUUUUGGAAGAGUUCCCGCAGUCGAAAGUACAGGAUCGGGCCGUGCGGUUUACCCCGUCGCAGAAAGUUCCAGUAGAGGAUGGUGGAGGUGAUGCGGCUGCUGUGACCGCGGACACUGAAGAUGAUGAAGAUGCCAGUGUUGCCAUGAAUGACAGUCCAAGUGGAGGAGGUGCACCAGCUGGAGGUUCGGAGUACAAGUAUGUUCCUGCGGCGGAAAUGUACACUUUAGAUUCGAACCAGGUUUUUUCAAUUCCGAGCAACAGCCCGGUGCUGACGCAGGGGGAAAUGGAACACGAAUGGAUGCAUAAAGUACGUGCGAAUGAAGAUCCGUAA